AUGUCCGGAUCGUUCACGUUUUCCACAGGCCACUAUCCGGCUGUCUAUCGCGAGCUCAAGGCGGAGAUAGAGCGUCGGAGAGUGCUACUAGACCAAGGUUUGCCAGUCAACGCUCCGAAAAGACAGCAGAUAACCAACGCUAAUCGCUCCUCUGACCCUAUUAUACCUCGUUCACCUCCGAGAAGACUACGCCCAGCAAACCAACGACGGGAUUCUCGACCAGCAAGCUCUUCAAAUUCCCAGUUGCAACAUAAACGACCUCGGAAGAUAAGGCUGGUGGUGACGCGCAAGGACCAAAGCCCCAUCACGUUGACACCAACGUCUCCUACAAGCAAUGCGAGCGGAACAGUAUCGCCUCCUAGCUCAUCGACCACCCCUAGCUCCGGCAUUUCAGUACAGUCUUGCUCUAGCUCACUAGGAAGUCAAUCAAGCAGUUCAACAAUACGACCGCAAAUUCGCAAAUCUGGAUCCCAGUUGACACCAGCACUCAAUACUACCCCCGAGAAAGAUGCGCCAGGGUUUGAAUUCCGUCUCUUUGGACUAAGUUUCCCGGUCGGUUCAUCUAUUUGGGUUUCUGCCAAUCAACUCGAUGGUAGUAUGGACAUGUUGGAACCUUCCACCUUGAUCAAGAUACUCAAAUAUCACUAUCAUCAAUAUGGUCUAUCUGAACACCACAUCCGGGCUCGUUCUCGUUACCUGGGAGGAUUCCAUGGAAUUUCACCCUAUGAUAUCACUACAGGUCCUGGAGGAUUAGCAACUCUCAAUGUUGAUAAGAUACGCCGUUCAUCCAAGUAUGAAGGCCUGCAUAUUCGUGUCCAUAUACAUUUACUUGGGAUGCGUGGUAUUACAUAUCUUUCUUCGGGAGUUUGGGAGAUCUCAAACAAGGAUAAACAAACUUGCACCCGUGAUCGAUUUAUACUCCAACUGCCCAAAUCAUCAUCUGACAUCGAUCAUAAUGUGCUGGCAUCCGACAUCUUUGCUGCAAACUUUGUGUCGGCACUAAAGGCAGGCUAUUAUGGUGAAGAUUACCACCUUCCAAUAAGCAAUAGACCAGUAAAAGAUACAAUAGUUCAAGCAUUCUACACAGUACUAGAUGGUCACAUUCGUGCACAAAGCUCAGGCUCGAAUAAUGACAAUGACCGCCAAAAUCGUAGGCACGCAAGGAGAAUUGCGAAAUGGCUUCGUCUUCUCGACGUUGCGGGGUCGUUCCCAGCCUCUCCUCUCAGUUUUGGUCUCAAAGCAGCUGGGGCAGACGCAUGCAGUAGUGAUGAAAGUGACGAUGAAGGGAACUGCCAAGUUUACAGACCAAAGUUAUGGAGAAGUCGCAAGCUGAACGGCUUUAUUAGUGCUGUCAGGUCAUCUGGUUACUACCUCGAGCUACGAGCUGGCUGGAGCCACAAGAUAGAACCAAGCGUACGAGCACUGCCAAGCAGAGUUCCCAAGAGGUUCAUUGAUGACGAGUGGCUCGAAAACUCGUUAAACGCGGCAACAGCUCUGCUAGAACUUCCAUAG